AUGUUACUGAACAAUAACUCUUCGGGUGGAGUGAGUAAUGGUAACAGUUUGAUGAAUAGUACUUUAAAAUCAACGAGUUCUUCCUUCAAAAUACAAUCUACAUCAACAACAACAAAUCCAUCUUUUCAACCUCCUCAACCACCACCAAGAAAUGGAGCACAAUUUCCUCUCGUAAGAACCAAUACAAAUGGAGCCAAUCAACCUCUCAUUCAACGAUCAGCAUCUUCAAAUAAUCCUGGACACUUUCGAACAAGAAGUUUCUCCAGUACAACAACAGGAGCAGAUCAUGAUCCAUAUGGCGCCCAACAACAAGGAGGAUAUAAUAGAAAUACAGGAUUAUCAACAUCAUUUACACCACCCGAUACUUUUGAUCUAAAAGAUUAUGAAUUAUUAUUUAUUGAACACAAAAGACAUGUAGAACAACAACAAAAACAGAAUGGUGUUGCAUCACCUGGUAAAUUUAAUCUCCAACUUCCUCUUCAAAACAUGCCAGCAAUGAAUUCAUCAAGUAACACAACUCCUCGAGGCAAUGUAACAACACCAAGAGGAGCAACAACUCCUCGCAAUGGCACAACAACACCAAGAAGAAAUAAUGGAGAUCAAGGUGAUGAUGGUGUUAGUGAAGAGGAAAAUAAUCCAAUAACACCCGAGCAAGAUACAAGACAGGUAGAACAAUCAAAUACUUCUUCAAAUCAACAACCAGUCAACCCACCUGUACAAGAUUCCAUCUUUCAAAAAGUUACACUUGGUGGUGUUAACAAGAUGAUACCAACAAAAACGACAGUAGAUUCAUCCUUGUCGAUGGAUUUGAGACCAAGAAGAAAUCCUGCUAUUGGAGGUAGUCUUUUACAUGAUAAUUCAAGUAAUUUUAAACAAGCAAAUCAAUCUGUUCGAUAUAUUGCUACAUUUGUGCCACACAAACGAGGAGGUGUUCACAAAGUUAAUGUGCCCAUUCCAACUGUGAGUUCAAUGACAUCUCUAAACUUUACUGCCACAGAUUUGAUUCGUAAAGCACUGGAACUGUAUAAAAGAGAAACUGAUCUAGAACCUAUUGCUAUUGACGAUAGAGCUUAUCAAUUACGAGUUGCAGAAGAAGAUGGUCAACCUGAUACAAGUUGGCCUCCACUCAACAAGGAAAAGACAAUGAUUGAACAGUUGGGUAAUGUAAAAUUAACACUUGUACUUGAUAGGAAUUUUCAACCAAUGUCCAGUGGAAAUAGUGGAGCUGAAGAUGAUUCAUCUUCCAAUCUUAAAAAUAGGAGAGAGUUAAAUAUCAAGUUUGGAGGAGAUGAAGUUUUUACAAAAUUCAAUUUAGAAGAUAUUAGACUUCAAGUUUUCCUUCCACCACCAAAAAAUUCAUGUUCUACACCAACCAUCAUUCCAAAUACCAAUUCAUUCACAUCCCCAAUUAAUUCCAGAAAUUACCAACUCACUUAUUUCAAACUUGUUCCAGUAUCUCCAGAAUUAUUACUCAAAGAUUUACAGAAAGUACUUUGUCAACGUUUUUCUUUGGAUCCUAAAAAAUACAUGAUCAAUACUAUUGGAAAAGACAAGAAUCUGAAAGAAAUUAGCAAAAAUUACAAAGACAAGACACUUUAUUCUUUAGGAUCAAUGAUUGAAAGAGUUGUUCUUGUAAGAACAGCAGCAUACGAGUCUGAUACAGAUCAAUCAACACCUAAAGGUGAAAUAUCUGGAUCUCCAACCGCUCCCAAUAUGAUUGGGUCACCUUCAAAACAAAUAUACGCCCUUCCAUUCAUGACUUAUGAUAAUACUGAUAACGUUUUCCAUGUUACCAAGACAAAUAAGUUUGGAGUCAGACAAGAGAGAAUUCUCAGUUUUGAUUCAGAAUUUAUUUAUAAUUCAAAGCCAGCCAAUACUUCUCGUUGGAUGAAUUCAUCUAAAACAAAACACCCAACAAGACCAAUUACCACUUUACGUUCAAUUGAAUGUGAUUCAACUAAUCCAAAGUGUUUUGUUUUGUCAUUCGAUGAUGAGAACCUAUUUUAUGAAGCUAGGACAACCAUAGAGGCUGAAACGAUAGUGAAACGUUUGGAACAAUUACUACUCAUGAAAAACCAUCCUCUUUAUGGUAAAAAUAGAAAUUCACUUGUUGCUCGUGCUCUAAGUGAUUUAACACCAAGAAGAUAA